UCUCAUCCCUUCAGCCCGAGGCAGUUCACUUCCCCCUCGAGUCCGCUGUGCGUUCAGCAGGUUCCCAGGUGAACGAAAACCCAGAGCUAUUCUCAUCUGGUUGCCCGGGAGUCUCAGCGCUGUCGGUACAACCUGUUCCUCCAUCCUCCCCUCCCUCCCUCCGCCUGGCUGAGCCUUUCUCGGCCCCCUUCCUUCCCUAGCCCGGGGCCCCAGCUGCGCCCUCCGGGGAGACACCCGCUGCCACUGCGCGCGGGAGGAGAGGAGGAGACGGGAGGGGAGGACGAGACGGGAGAAAAGGAGGGGAGGAGGCCGAGCUCGGAGCAGCCAGAGAGGGGCGGCUGGAGGUCGCAUCUGCUAGAAGGAGGCUUUUCGGCUGCUUGGUAACCGGCUGACAGAACAGAGACUGAGGCAGGGGGCAGAGCAGCGGCUUCUUGACGUCAGGACCAAGAGAGGGGAUCGCGCCAGCAACCUCAGCCAGCUGACGGCGGGAGAGGAGAGGGACGCCAGGCGUCCGGCGGAGCGUGAGUUGGGGGCGCGCGAGCCGGUCGGUGGGGGCGCAGCAUGCCCCCUGUCCCCGGGCCAUGGAGAUCGCCCUGCUGCCCCUGGAGAACGGCGGGGCCAUGACCAUCAUAGGAGGAGGUGAGGCCCGCGCGGGCUGUGGCCAGGCCACAGGGGGAGAGCUCCAGUGUCCGCCGACGGCUGGGCUUAGCAAUGGGGCCAAAGAGCGGGCGCCAAGGGGGCGCAGCGCGCAGAGGGUCGCGGACUCCGGAGCGCGGCCGUUGCCACCGCUGCCCAAGGAGCUGCCGCAGCCUAGACGGCCGCCUCCGGAGGACGAGGAGGGAGAAAGUGACACCGUCCUCGGCAUGGCCGAGGGUCAGGCUCUGGGCGCGGGGUCUCUUCACCACCAGCGCGUCCUCAUAAACAUCUCCGGGUUGCGCUUUGAGACGCAGCUCGGCACCCUGGCGCAGUUCCCCAAUACUCUCCUGGGGGACCCGGCCAAGCGCCUGCGCUACUUCGACCCCCUGAGGAACGAGUACUUCUUCGACCGCAACCGGCCCAGCUUCGACGGCAUCCUCUACUACUACCAGUCGGGGGGCCGGCUGCGGAGGCCCGUCAACGUCUCCCUCGACGUGUUUGCAGAUGAGAUCCGCUUCUACCAGCUGGGGGACGAGGCCAUGGAGCGCUUCCGGGAGGACGAGGGCUUCAUUAAAGAAGAGGAGAAGCCCCUGCCCCGCAACGAGUUCCAACGACAGGUGUGGCUGAUUUUCGAAUACCCGGAAAGUUCUGGGUCCGCGCGGGCCAUCGCCAUCGUUUCGGUCUUGGUCAUUCUCAUCUCCAUCAUCACCUUCUGCUUGGAGACUCUGCCCGAGUUCAGAGAUGAACGCGAGCUGCUCCGCCAUCCCCCCGGGCCCCGCCAGCCUCCUGGGCCCGCCCGGGGCGCCAACAGCAGCGUGGCCGGGGCGCCCCCCUCUGGCCCGACAGUGGCACCCCUCCUACCUAGGACCUUGGCCGACCCCUUCUUCAUUGUGGAGACCACGUGCGUCAUCUGGUUCACCUUCGAGCUGCUGGUGCGCUUCUUUGCCUGCCCCAGCAAGGCGGAGUUCUCUCGGAACAUCAUGAACAUCAUCGACGUGGUGGCCAUCUUCCCCUACUUCAUCACCCUGGGCACCGAGCUGGCAGAGCAGCAGCCAGGGGGUGGAGGAGGGGGCGGCCAGAACGGGCAGCAGGCCAUGUCCCUGGCCAUCCUCAGAGUGAUCCGCCUGGUCCGGGUGUUUCGCAUCUUCAAGCUCUCCCGUCACUCCAAGGGGCUCCAGAUCCUGGGCAAGACCCUGCAGGCCUCCAUGCGGGAGCUGGGUCUGCUCAUCUUCUUCCUCUUCAUCGGAGUCAUCCUCUUCUCCAGCGCCGUCUACUUCGCCGAGGCCGACAACCAGGAGACCCACUUCUCCAGCAUCCCCGAUGCCUUCUGGUGGGCGGUGGUCACCAUGACCACCGUGGGCUACGGGGACAUGAUCCCUGUCACUGUGGGGGGCAAGAUCGUGGGCUCCCUCUGCGCCAUUGCCGGGGUCCUCACCAUCGCCUUGCCGGUGCCCGUCAUCGUCUCCAACUUCAACUACUUCUACCAUCGCGAGACGGAGCAGGAGGAGCAGGCAGCUCUUAAGGAAGAACAGGGCGUCCAGGGCCAGGGAACCGGGCUGGACGGUGCAAGCCAGCGGAAAGGCAGCUGGAGCAAGGGGUCCCUCUGCAAGGCCGGGGCAUCCCUGGAGAACGUGGAGGGAGCACGAAGGGGCAGCUGUCCCCUGGAGAAGUGUAACCUCAAGGCCAAGAGCAAUGUGGACUUACGGAGGUCCCUGUAUGCCCUGUGCCUAGACACCAGCCGGGAAACUGAUUUGUAAAUGGAGAUGCCAACAAACUGGUGGGAGUGGGCUGGGGAGGCCUCCUCAACCUGGGUAUCUGCUUCAUACCACAGAGUAUUUCAAGCCCCCCACCCCCGUAACCUAAAUCUGUUCCUUCUUUCUUUCCUUCCUUCCUCCCCUCCCUUGGUCCCCCAUUUUUCUUUUUUUUUUUUUUUCCGUGACACCAAGGGUCACCUAUUUUUAAAAAGUACCACAUUCCAUGACGCAGGAGCUGUUGAAAUGGUGAGCGCUGUAAGAUGGUUGUAUUUGUGGCCAAUUUCCUAUACCCGGCAAAGGGAAAACCCAAACAAAAAUGACUUUAAAUAGCCCAGAUCCCAAGAGAUUUUGUAAACCACUCCCCUCCCUCUAUGUGUUCCACAUUUGCUUUACACAUGAUUAUAUUUGUGUAUAGGGGAAAAUAUUAUUUUUUAUGGCUGGUGAGUGGAUUUUUGUACCGUAGUUCAGAUGGAGAUAUUUUGGAUAUAUUUUCAAGAUCCAUGUUGUAUUUCUGGAGGAGAGAGUUGUUGAGAUGUUUUUCCGUGAUACUUAUGUUAGAGUCAGAUACGCUGGUUUGGCUGUUCUGGUUCCCGUGCCCACAAGCCUCUCUCUUUUCUGGGAUGUGGUAUCGGUGCUUUGCGUCUAGGGCAGGGAAUGUUCUGGAAGAAAGACAAAUUUGACUUUUCUGUGAGCCUUAAACAAUUCUCAUAACUUUCUUCAAAAAAGCCUUUUAAUGAUGUUGGAGGAAGACUUCCGAUAAUUUGUUCUCUUUAUUUUUAUCCCAGGAAAUAAAAUGUUACUUCGUUGA